AUGGCUUUCUCCUUCUGGUUCUCCGCCUUCACGGCGCAGACCCAACGCCUCGCGUUCCCGACCAUUGCUAACAUCAAGGCAAUGGCCAUCGCAUCCUUUACCGCAUCAAGCGUCGCUCAUGUGUCCAUUUCCACUGAGGCCUUUCAGAUCCCCAAAAUCCUCAGCACUCCUCAAGAAUUCCAAACACUCUCCCUCAUCGACUCACGUCAGGAAGGCGGCCUGAUCGACAACAUCACGAAAGCUCGGCGCAUGAACGCUAUCAUCGAUACCACCAUCAAGGACAUCACCUCCAUUGACAUCAACAAGACGACUCACGAGUCCAAUAUUGUCGAUAAUCGCAAGGAUACCACCCAGUCGACCGACGCUCAAGCUACCGCGCCUCUGAUCAUCGCGGACAACAAGUCUGCUCAAGUAGUCGAAGUCUCUCAUCAAGACAAGCUCAUCCACAAUGUCGACACCACCACUAACGACAACCGCAACGCCACUUUUCGCAUCGCUGGUGAGGAGCUUUUCACCAGGCUGGAGAAUGAGAAGCACAUUUAUCAGCAUGUCCUACCCGAAACGGACAUCAUCGAGGUUGACAACUCCAAAGGCCAUACCUAUCAUCAUGUCCUCCCCAUCAUCGACAUUGUCGAGGUCAAUAGCUCCAUGGCUUCCAAGAUCACCGACGUCGCUGACGUUGACGACAUGGGCGUCUCCGCCUCAAGCAUCGGCUAUGACUUCGAGCGCUUUCUGAUGGAAGAUAAGAUGACAUGGGUGCAUGCGGUCGCCAACCAACCCGAACUGUGCCACUCAAUCUCCAAGACCAAGAAGCAAGCCAUCGAGGUCACCAAGCAAAGCACUCCAGUCAUCAAGGCCACCGCUUCCGACAUCAAGCUUUUGACCGACAAGAAGACAGAAAACAUCAGCUCCAAGAAGGUAGUCGACACAGAAGUCGUCUUCCUUCACCAUAAUCGCAGGUUAUCCAAUGAUACCAUUUCCUCAACCGAGACGGACAACACUACCGAUAGUAAUGCGAGUAGAGCUACCACUCCGGAUACGCCCGAAACGGUGUACUCCAUCGCCGACACCAACAAAGUCAACAACAAGUUUGACGAUCCCGCACUGGCAAACAUCAACGAGCUCAAGCAAGCUGUAGAGAGCCAGUCGCCUUCCGCCACUCUCGACACCUCCUCCUUCGACAACAUGUACAACUACUCGCACCUCUCACACUCCGAACUCGAAGUCACUCUCAUCAUGGAACGCCUCGACCUCAACUGCCGCUAUGUCCAAAUGAGUUGCGGCUACUGGUACGCCCUCGACGACGAUGACGAGAUCCGCCCAAUGUCCAAGGCCGAGUACCAGGAGUUCAUCGACUGGACCAGCCAAACCCCCGUCGUUACCCGUGAUGAUUUCGACAAGAAGCAACAAGCGGACGCCGAGGAGGGAAUCAUGACCAGCAACGCAAUUGCCAUUAUUGAGAACGAUUACCACCCCUCCGACCCCCUUGCAGCCUGGGAAUCCACCCUCGCUGUCUGGAAAGACCCGGAAGAUCUCGACGAAGAUUGGGGCGUGAUCGGCCUCUUCAACCACCCCGACGGGCAGAGACAAAUCGUGAUUGGCAACGAUGAGCAAGUGUACUGGAUGUACGAGGGCAUGUUUCGCUUGCUGGAUGCUCGUGAGCUCGAUCAGUUCAAUCGGUGGAGAGACGGUGAUGAAUUUGCUUUUGAUGAGAUGGAGGCCAAGAGGGAGCCGAAGACGUGGGUGAGGGCGGUGCUGGGUAAGCGGAGGAAUAUGAAUAAGUGGUACGCUUGGGGUUUGGAGAUGGAGAGUAUUGAGGAAGUGGAAGAGGUGGAGGAGGUUUACGAGUGUUGGUGA